AUGGCAACCGCAACGAAAAUAUUCAAAUCUGUGAUAUUAGGUGCUCCCGCUUCGGGAAAAGGGACGAUUUCUUCCCGUAUCGUUAAGAACUUCAGUCUAGAACAUAUUUCGAGUGGCGACAAAUUAAGACUGAAUAUUCAGAAGGGGACCAGUGUUGGUUUGGAGGCCAGUAAAUACAUUAAGGCUGGACAAUUGGUGCCUGAUGAUGUUAUGAUUAAGUUUAUUGUGAGUGAAAUAAAAAAUGUCAAAAAUCCUGCUUGGCUGCUAGAUGGAUUCCCUAGGACAAUAUCUCAGGCGGAAGCCCUGUGGAAAGAACAAAACUUAGACCUGGUAAUUAAUCUCGUGGUACCAUUUCAGAUAAUCAUAGACAGAGUUAAGGGUAGAUGGGUCCAUUUACCCAGCGGAAGAGUGUACAACAACGACUUUAACGCACCCAAAGUCCCUGGGAAAGAUGACGUAACUGGAGAACCACUUGUUCAGAGAGAAGAUGACAAGCCCGAGGUGGUUUUAAAAAGAUUGGAGAUGUACGAAUCUAUGACCAGACCUGUGAUAGAUUUUUAUAGGAAGAAGAAGAUAAUUCAAGACUUUGAGGGUAACACGUCAGACGAAAUAUGGCCUAAAGUUCUUGACUGUUUAUCAAGUUACAUACCACUUCAAAUCAAGAGUCAACAAUAAAUAAAACAAUUUAUUAUUUUUAUACAACUGUUUAUUUUUACAUUUUUAUAUAUCAUUAUGUAUGUGAAUUAGACAAAUAAAGUAAAACUGAUAGAGACACUAUAAUUUUAUCAAUAUAUUACGUAUAUAAUU